GUUGCUGAACUUGCCCACAAUGUGUGUGACUGCGUAUUAGUCAACAUCAUACACAGCUAGCUAUUCGCGUGAUAUUUCGUUGAUUGAACGCGAAGGUUCGAUCCGUUGAUGUGCUACAAAGAUGUUGCUGGUUAAACAAGUGGAACGCUUCAUCCUGGAAACCAUUAUGGAUCAAAACUGGCAAUUGUUCUUGUCUUUCAUGUGUUUAAAUCUAGCUUAUCUGUUUUCCAAGUUCACAAUGUGCUAUUAUUUCUUUUGCGGAGCUGGACUCGUUCUCUUUAUUUCAACCAUUUUCGACACUUUCUCGAUUGCGUCCAAUGGGCGCGCUGUGUUCGUCACCGGAUGUGACACGGGAUUCGGACACGAACUGUCGAAGAAAUUACACGCCAUGGGGUUCACUGUCUUUGCCACUUGUUUCGAUGAGAAAAGUAACGGAGCCACCAGACUGAAAAGACUUGGCGAUGAAUCGGGACGGCUACAUGUCAUUCAAAUGGACGUCUCAAAGCAGGAAGAUGUCGACAACGCUCUCGAAUAUGUGGAGAAACAUCUCCCGGAGAAUGGACUCUGGGGCCUCGUCAAUAAUGCCGGCCAGUCCAGCACUCCAGGUUUCUUGGAAUGGACUCCGAUGUCAGUUUACGAAAAGGUGAUGUCGGUCAAUUUGUUUGGCGUCAUCCGCGUGACCAACGCUUUUCUACCGCUCAUCCGCAAGAGCCAAGGAAGGAUCGUGAAUGUCUCCUCCAUCAUGGCCCGCAUGGCGACUCCGUUCGCCGGUUCCUACUCGAUCACUAAAAAUGCCAUCGACUCUUAUUCGGCCAUCCUUCGACUGGAGAUGAAACGCUUCAACGUCAAAGUCGUCGUGAUCGAGCCGGGCAAUUUCAUGACGGCCACGAACUUCAGCACCUGCAACGGUCAAGGCGGUUUCGCCUUCAACUCUCGCCGCAUGUGGGACCAGUUGGACGAGAAAAUUCAGAAUGAUUACGGACUGGAAUGUUUAGAAAGAGAAAUCUCAAUCUCACAAAAGUUGGUAGAAAUUUCGACCGGAGAACCGCAGGCCGUUGUGGAUGCCAUGGCGAAGGCAGUUUGCCGACUCCACCCAAAGACUCGAUAUUUCGUGGCCAACACGUCUGACAAAAUCAUGGCUUACGGAAUGCAGAAUUUGCCGCUCUGGAUUAGCGAUCGGAUGGUGAUGGCAAUUGAAAGUCAAACCUUUCCCAUCGAAGCUGUGCCUUAUGUCAAAUAUUUGGUUUUGAUUCCUUCGCUCGCCACCGUACUUUCUUUAAUGUCUAUGAUUCGUUGAAUGAUAUCAUUGACUGAGUGAUGAGAGAAAAUUGGCAAAUUUAAAUAUCAAACUCAAAAUACUGAUCAACAUUUGUAAACCGCCAACUAUAAAUUCUUAUUGAUUUCUCAUAAUUAUUAAUUUUGCGAUCGGCCAAAUAAAUUGGGCAUAAUUUCAUUUAAA